CUAGAAUGAAAAGAAAUGAGUGGUUCAGCAAUUGAAGCUGUGGCAGAUUAUGAAACAGCAUUGACAUUGAUAAGCCAAGAAAAAUUAGAAACACACAGGGAAAAUAAAUAUCUGGACAACAUAAUCUAUAUUCUUUCCCUGGGGGCCUCAGAAUCCUUAACAGAACAAGUUGCAGGGAUGGCCUCCACUCUCUCUAUAUCCUCUUCAUCCACCCUUGUUGAUGCCAAGCCUCCAACUCCAAGACAAUGCGUCACCCUUCCCACUCUUCCCCCUCCACCUUUUCACUCUCAGACUCGUCCUUGGAAGACCACUGCUUUCUGUCGUAGGCUUGCUCGCAAUUUUAUGGCAAUGGCCACCACAAGAGAGGCAGCCGCAGCAGAAGUUGCCGCCACAACUGACCUCUCUAUUGCCGAGACGCCAGAGAUUGUGAAGACUAUUCAAGAAGCUUGGGACAAAGUUGAAGAUAAAUAUGCAGUGAGUUCACUGGCCGUUGCUGGUGUGGUUGCAUUGGUGGGCUCAGCUGGGAUGAUCUCAGCAAUUGAUAGGCUUCCUUUAAUUCCUGGGCUUCUUGAGGUCGUAGGCAUUGGCUACACUGGGUGGUUUGCUUACAAGAACUUCGUUUUCAAGCCAGACAGGGAAGCUUUUCUACGAAAGGUAAAGGAAACAUAUAGCGAAAUACUUGGAAGCAGCUAAAAGAGUGAGGAAUUGAUGCUUAGAUUCUGUUCACACAAAAGAGAUCUGUCUUUCAGUAUUUUAUUGAAGAUGCAACCUUGUCGCAAUAAGCUUCCUGACCAUACUUUAUCGCAUGUGAUGUAAUCUAGCCUGAAAAUAAAUGUAACUCUUGUAAUAAUCAUUCUACUUCAAGUAGAUAUCAUUUCUUCAAUUAUCCCUUUGUGGUUUCAAAGUUAAGAAAAAACAUCUAAUGCUAGCAUGGAUGACUUCAUGAAUUUGAAGGAAACCUUAUCAUUGUAUAUAUUGAUCUAUUUGAUUUUCUUUGGGA